AUGGCGGCCAUGGUGGCGGAGCAACGUGAGUUGGGGCGGCUCUCGGCACUCGCCGUGUACCGCCGGAUGGCGGGGGCCGGGCGGAUGGAGCGGCGCCGCCGCGGGGCCCCGCUGCCCGCGGGUCGCAAGCGGGCCAAGGCCCGCCCGAGGCGCGGCCGGGCGGGAGGCGGCGGCUCGGAGCCGGAGGCGCCGCCGCCCGCCGCGCCCCCGAGCCGCGUGGAGCUCCCCGAGGAGGCCCCCGUGGAGCUCCCCGUGGUGGUGCCCGAGGAGGCCCCCGUGGAGCUCCCCGUGGUGGUGCCCGUGGAGGCCCCCGUGGAGGCCCCCGUGGAUCCUCGGCCCAAGGCGACGGACGCCGGGCCUGACGCGAAACCGCGUGGUGGCCCCAAGGCGAUGCCCUGCGGCCCGCAGCCGGCCGGGAAGGACAGCGGCGGUGUGUCGGGGCUGCUGCGGCGACUGGCGCGGCUGGAGGACAGCCGGCAGCGGGCCGCCGAGCUCUUCCGCUGGCUGCUGGCCCCGGUGGCGCCGGCGGAGUUCCUGGGGCGGCACUGGGAACGGGCGCCGCUGCUCCUGCGGCGGGGCGACCCCGGCUACUACGCGGGGCUCUUCUCCACGGCCGACUUCGACGCCGCCUUGCGAGGAGGAGAGGUUCACUUCGGCACCCACCUGGAUGUGACCAGCUAUGCCGAGGGAGUGCGGGAGACGCACAACCCCUCCGGCAGAGCCCUGCCCGCUGUCGUGUGGGACUUCUACCAGAACGGCUGCUCCCUGCGCCUCCUCUGCCCGCAGGCCUUCUCCCCUACCGUCUGGCACUUCCUCUCCAUCCUGCAGGAGCAGUUUGGCAGCAUGGCAGGGGCGAAUACCUACCUCACGCCCCCGGGUACGCAGGGCUUUGCCCCCCACUAUGAUGACAUUGAGGCCUUCGUGCUGCAGCUGGAAGGGAAGAAGCACUGGCGUGUCUACAGGCCCCGAACAGAUGCUGAGGUGCUGCCCCAGUUCUCCAGCGCAAACCUCACGCAGGCUGAACUCGGUGAGCCUGUGCUGGAGACUGUGCUGGAGGCUGGAGACCUGCUGUACUUCCCCCGUGGCUUUAUCCACCAGGGUGAUUGUCUCCCUGAUGCACAUUCACUCCACAUCACUGUGUCUUCCUACCAGAGGAAUUCCUGGGGGGACUUUCUGGAGAAGCUCCUCCCAGCUGCCCUGCAGAUGGCCCUGGAGGAAGACGUGGAGUACCGACGGGGGCUUCCCAUGGACUACCUGCAGUAUAUGGGGGUCACUAACUCUGACACAGUCGAUGUUCGGCGAACGGCCUUUGUGGAGAAGGUGCAGAGCCUGAUAAAGAAACUUGUUGACUAUGCACCCAUCGAUGCUGCUGUGGAUCAGAGAGCCAAGUUGUUUCUUCAUGACUGUCUCCCUCCAGUGCUCACACAAAGUGAAAAGGCACAGAGUGUCUAUGGCUUCCCGGCCCGGUGGCAAGAUGGAGGGCCCUGCAAUGUUGAUAUUCUGAUAACAAAAGACACCGAAGUACGCCUGCUCCGUCAUGGCAUUGUUAGACUGUGUAAUGAAGAGGCAGGUAUGAUGCUGUACUACACUACAGAAAACUCAAGAGUGUAUCAUAAGGAAGAACCCAAGUUUCUUGAGCUAGAUCCUGAAUAUACAGACAGUAUAGAAUUUCUUCUGUCUUCCUAUCCAAAUCAUGUAAGUGUGGCUAACCUUCCAUGUGAAACCUUGGAGGAAAAGAUUUCUCUAGCUACACUUCUGUUUGAGAAAGGUAUUCUGACUACAAAGAAGCCUCUGGCAAAAAUAUAACCAUUAUUUUUUCACAAAA